AUGGACGGUGCUUCAACUUCAUCGGGGGCUCUGCGAGCGUUGGCGUUGGAGCUGAAAGGACUGCAAUCUUCACCGGUUGAGGGCUUCACGAUCAAUACAAACGAUGACAAUCUCUUCAUCUGGACAGUCGGCAUCUUUGGUCCACCACACACUUUGUAUCAGGGUGGGUACUUCAAAGCCGUCAUUCGAUUCCCUCCAAACUACCCAUACUCACCACCGAGCGUGAAGUUCUUGACGAAAGUCUGGCACCCCAAUGUUUACGAGAAUGGCGAUCUCUGCAUAUCGAUUCUGCAUCCACCCAUCGAUGAUCCGCAAAGCGGCGAACUUGCAUGUGAGCGCUGGAAUCCUACUCAAAGUGUUCGCACGAUACUGUUGUCUGUAAUCUCUCUGCUCAACGAGCCAAAUACCUCUUCACCAGCAAACGUUGACGCGUCAGUCAUGUACAGGAAGUGGAAAGAAGGAGUUGACGAUCAAUACGCUCAGAUGAUCAAGAAACAAGUCGAUGAAUCGAAAGAAGAGGCGGCUCGAGACGGGAUCAAAGUUCCAGAAACACUCGAAGAAUAUUGUAUCAAGACAAAUCCCGUUGUUGAUGAUGCUCUCGACGAUUUUGAUGAUCUCUACAACUAUGACGAGAGUAGUGAGGAAGAAGAAAUUGAAGAAGAUGACGAUGAUUCAGGACAAGGCGAGAAU